UUAACGCGCUUGCGUGCGCGGUACUGGCUCGCUUUUCUUUCCGGUUCCGGGGCCGCGUGCUGGCUGCAGAGCGGCCGCGGGAAGAGUGUUCGCGUGUUGAGCUGGCGGUUGAAGGGCGCGAGUUUUCCGGCGGCCGCGCCACUGAACAUCGCCCGAGUCCACCUCGAUCAGCCCUUCCGUGUGUUUACGCUGGUUUCGGUGGGGAUGGAUUGAAGGCGCCAGGCCAAGAAGGGAGGAGAAGAGGAGCGCGGCGGCGAUGUCCGGGCCCGGGGAGGUACUGGCUGCCGGCAGCGGGGCCCACACCGUCGGCGAGGGGGACCAUGUGGUCCUGAAGAGGGAGGAGGUGUUUAAAGCUGUACAGGUGCACAGGGGAAGAAAAAUCAUCUUUGAGAAACAGUGGUUUUACUUGGACAAUGUGAUUGGACAGCAGUAUGGCACCACUUUUGAGGUUUCCAAUGGAGGAGUUCUCCAGCCACUUAAAGCAAAAACUGAGGAAGUUGCCAAAGAAACAAAUGAAGCUGGUAUUGAUAACCGAAACAUAAUUGAUGAUGGCAAGUCCCAGAAACUCAGCAGAGAUGACAUUGAGGCACUUAAAGGACAAGGGUUAAAAGGUCAGGAUAUUGUUCAACAUCUGAUUGAGAAUAGCACAACAUUUAGAGACAAAACCGGAUUUGCUCAAGAAAAGUACAUUAAGAAGAAAAAGAAAAAGUACGAAGCAUUUAUAACUAUCCUAAAGCCUACCACUCGCAUUAUGGCCAUGAUGUAUCAUUCCCGUGAGCCAGGUAAAAUUUGCUAUUUACGAUAUGACACAUUGGCUCAGAUGUUAACUCUUGGGAAUAUUCAUGCAGGCUCCAAAGUAAUUGUAGCAGAGACCUGUGCUGGUCUGGUGCUCGGCGCUGUAAUGGAGAGGUUAGGAGGUUUUGGAUCUGUUGUCCACUUGUAUCCAGGUAGCUUGCCUAUCAGAGCAGCGAUGGAGAACUUUGGAUUUCCAAAAUCAUUCUAUAAUCACCUGUAUGACUUUCCUAUCAAUAAGUUGAACAGUCUUCUUUCUGGAAGUUUUUCAACUGAGAAAGAAACGCUGCAGAAACAAACUGAAGUUGUGAUAGAAGAAGGUAAUGGGAGCCCACUGAGCACAUAUCAGGGUGAUGGGGUGCCUUGUGGCGAAGCCAUGAUGGAUAGCAUCCAAUCUGGGGAAACCGAGGCCAUGGAUGUUGCUUGUGAGGAAACUGAAAAUAAAGGAAAAAGUGCAGACAGAAAAUCCAAUGUCGACGAGAGGAAGAGUAAGCAAGAAGAUCGGCUGAAGAAACUACAGGCCGCUGCCACUGUGCUACAAGAGAGAAAUGCAGAUGGGUUAAUUAUAGCAAGUCGGCUUUAUCCUAGCCCCUUAUUGCUUUGUCUUCUGGAGUUUGUGGCACCAUCUAGACCAUUUGUCAUCUACUGCCAAUACAAGGAGCCUUUGCUCAUGUGCUAUUCAAAUCUACGAGAAAGGGGAGGAGUUGUUAACCUGAGGCUAUCUGAAACCUGGCUGAGAGGCUACCAGGUUUUGCCAAACCGGACUCAUCCCAAGUUGACAAUGAGUGGAGGUGGUGGCUACGUCCUGACUGGCACUACUGUUGCUAUGGAAAGAGCAAAAUUUGUUGUCAAUAAUCCUGAGCCGCAGAGGUCUGAAGAACCUGCAGCCAAAAGACAGAAGGUUGAAGAAUCGAAUAGUUAGCUUCCUUCCAAGUGCUGUUGCUAAUCCUGAAAUUGCUUGAUAUUGGAGCCCAUUGUAAAGCUUAAGCUGAAAAUUUUUACAAACUGCUAUACAUUUAUUUUGGUAUAAUAUGGUAUAUGUGCCAAAUUCCAAAUAUGUAUUUGGAAUUUUCUGCUAUGAUGUGGAGCAUUAGCAAAAGUGAUUUUUGCAUGUGAGAGAAAGGUGCUCUCAAUGCAGAGAAAAGUAUUUCUGUGUACCAGUGUACAAUAUUUCUUUACUUUUUGCAGGGGUAGGGUAGGGGAAAAUAAAAAGAGUGAAAUUAAGUAUUUUUGGAAAACAUGUGCAUGCUGCAGUUUAAUGCAAAAAAGUUGAGUUUGAGAGCUCUUGUUUGUUCCGUGCAGCCUGUUCAAGAGUCUCUAACUUGACAAAACGAAGGUCCUAGUUUGUCAGGAAUUAUAUGACCACCUGUAAAUUUCAUUGGUUGUAUCAAGUUAUGGAAACUAACUUCAUGCACUGAAGUAUUUUUCUUAAUGGAUUUCGCUAUUUUAAAUUGAUCUUAUUUAUAAUUUGUACAAUUGUGUUUUCAUUACCAGUUUAGCUGUAUUGAAAGUGUCACGUCACUGGAAUCAACUAUAAAAAAUGAUCUGAAGUAAAUCCAUUUAAUCAA